AUGGGACUAGACUAUCUUUUGGUACACCUCACAUAUAACAUCCCACCAGCAGUGGUGAUGACAAUUGCAUACUGGCCAUUCUUCACAAAACUAGAUCUAUACAGGAUAUCGACUCUCAUUACAAUUGCUGUACUAUCCACCAUCCCAUGGGACUCGUGUCUCAUCGAGAACCAAAUCUGGACAUACCAACCAGACGCAGUUCUAGGGCCGGCAAUAUGGUCAAUACCUAUUGAGGAAGUCUUCUUCUUCAUCAUUCAGACAUACAAUACGAGUUUGUUGUAUAUUAUUUUAACUAAGCGGCUUGUUAAACCGAUGUAUCUGAGCCCAUCGGAUGUGUGGAAGAGGAAUAUUGGGAUCGUAUUUAUCGUCAUAUGUCUGGGUUUGGGUUUUGCUGGCAUACAUUAUGGGGGGAAGUUUACCUAUCUCGGACUGAUUGUGGGUUGGGUUAGUCCUUUUAUGUUGAUUCAGUGGCUCGCUGCAUGGAGUUUUAUGCUUCGCCUCCCAUGCAGAGAUAUACUCCUUGUGAUAUGUAUACCGACUGCAUAUCUGUGGUGUGUAGAUACUAUCGCACUAGGGAACGGGACUUGGGUGAUUGAGAAGAACACAAAACUCGACAUUCAGUUAUGGGGUUGGUUAGACAUUGAAGAAGCGCUUUUUUUCCUGGUAACGAAUGCCAUGAUCGUCAUGGGGCAGAUGGCCACUGACAAUGCCAUUGCACUGGCUGUAUAUAAUAUGGCUACUACUGAUGGAAAGGUAUCUGAAUGUCCUUCAUUUGGGCAAUUGGUGACAGUUUUCAUUGAGGGACACGGCAAACCACUGGACCUAGCAUUUAUAAAUGCCCUCGGUGAUGCUGUCGAGAGGCUCAAACAGCAAAGUCAGAGUAUGUAUUUGGGUAGUGCUAUGUUUGUGGGUCGGCUUCGGAUUGACCUGAUCUUUCUUUAUUCCUUCUGUCGAGUGAUAGAUGAUCUGGUUGAUGAAGCACCAGACAGAAAUACAGCUCACACUGUGGUACAAGAAUGCGCAGUUCUCUUGGAAAAAAGAUUUGCAGGAGAGGACAUCUCGAAAUUUGCUCUUGCUCAUCCACUGUUGCUAUCUUCAAUCGAACGACUGCCUAUUGAUAGGUUAUCCAUUGAGCCCUUACAAGGUCUACUGAAAGGAUUCGAAACCGAUCUUGACUUUGACGCCGAAAACAACACGUUCCCCAUCUCAACGGAAAAAGACCUAGAACGAUACGCAUUCCACGUUGCCGGCACAAUAGCAAAACUAGUCAUUGAACUGACCACAUCUAAUAUCGGAUGUUAUGACACACACCGACAAAUUCUCACAGCAGGCUCGCGCAUGGGGCAAGCGCUUCAGUACGUCAAUAUCGCCCGGGACAUCUCGCGCGACGCAGAAAUCCACCGAGUCUAUUUCCCAACCAGCUGGCUGGAAGAGAAAAACCUUACACCGGCACAUGUUGUGAGUUGCCCAGAUAACCCGCAGUUGAACGAAUUGCGGACAAGACUCCUCAACAAGGCGGAUGAAUGUUAUCGAUCGACGGAGCAGGCAAUCAGGGAGUUACCAUUGGAUGUUCAGGGACCCAUUCGCGUGACAGUGGAGAGCUAUAUGGAGAUUGGAAAGAUGUUGCGAAAGGAAGAUUUGCCACGGAUGAAGGGGAAGAUGAAGAUUCCUCUUUUGAGAAGGUUGAGGGUGGCUUACAAGGCGUUAUCGAUGUAUUGAAUAGUGGGCAGAGUGGAUCGGAUCGGCAGCUACAAGCAGGAUGGUAUACGAUAAUGCCAGAGAUAAACUCUAGAACUUGCAGAAAAAAUGGAAAUAGGGAAUAUAAGUGGGUC